AAGUCAAGAACCUUUAAAAACAUAAUAAAAACAUGAAACACAUUUCUUGAAAUCCUUUUUUCCCCUUGCUUGUCCUACCUACCUGAAAAGUGAAAACUGGUAACUUUUGUACACAAAAAAAUAAGAUAUACAUAUACCCUUUAGUUAGUUCAUCUCACCACAGUAAAAAAAAAAAAAAAAAAAAAAUUGAAUUUUUCAGAAUGGGGUUAAAGAAUUGAAUCAUAUAGUUCAAAUUUUGCUUUUAUUUCACUUAAAUUUCGGCAGAAAAUAGCAUAGUGGAACCACUUUAGCCAUGUCUUCCUGUAAUAUUCUUUGUAGUUAUCAGUUUUACAGUUCUUGUAAUAAUGUCAAACCCCAUAUUGGUUCUUUUAAAAAUAGCAACUUUUCUCAAUCUUGGUCAAAUAGGACACAUGGUUCAUCUUAUUUUAACAAGAAUUCUCAGUUUGGUAGAAGCAAUUUUGUUAUUGUUAAGGCUUCAGAUUCAACAACUAGCAGAAAACAAGUUGAGAUAACAUAUAACCCUGAAGAGAAGUUCAAUAGAUUAGCUGAUGAAGUGGAUAGGGAGGCUGGGCUAUCAAGACUUACUCUUUUUUCUCCUUGUAAGGUAAAUGUUUUCUUGAGAAUAACAGGCAAGAGGGACGACGGAUAUCAUGAUUUGGCAUCUCUCUUUCAUGUAAUUAGUCUAGGAGAUAAAAUAAAGUUCUCGCUGUCACCAUCGAAGUCAAAGGAUCGUUUAUCUACUAAUGUUGCUGGAGUUCCACUCGACGAGAAAAAUUUGAUUAUAAAGGCCCUCAAUCUAUAUAGGAAAAAGACUGGAACAGACAAACACUUCUGGAUUCAUCUUGAUAAGAAGGUGCCUACUGGUGCUGGUCUUGGUGGUGGGAGCAGUAAUGCUGCAACAACUCUGUGGGCAGCAAAUCAAUUCAGUGGUUGUAUUGCCACUGAAAAGGAGCUCCAAGAGUGGUCUGGUGAGAUUGGUUCUGAUAUUCCUUUCUUUUUCUCUCAUGGAGCAGCCUACUGUACGGGUAGGGGUGAGGUUGUUCAAGAUAUCCCAUCACCCAUACCAUUUGACAUUCCAAUGGUUCUUAUAAAGCCUCAACAGGAAUGCUCUACUGCUGAAGUUUACAAGCGUUUUCAGUUGGAUCUGUCUAGUAAGGUUGAUCCCUUGAGCUUGCUGGAGAAGAUCUCAACUAGUGGAAUAUCUCAAGAUGUGUGUGUCAAUGAUUUAGAACCUCCUGCCUUUGAAGUUCUUCCAUCUCUUAAAAGGUUAAAACAGCGAGUAAUUGCUGCAGGCCGAGGACAAUAUGAUGCAGUCUUCAUGUCUGGAAGUGGAAGCACAAUAGUAGGGGUUGGCUCUCCAGACCCACCACAAUUUGUCUACGACGAUGAAGAAUACAAGGAUGUCUUCUUGUCAGAAGCUAGUUUCAUCACUCGACCAGCAAAUCAGUGGUAUGUGGAACCUGUUUCAGGUAGCAAUUGUGGUGAUCAACCUGAGUUCUCCACAUCUUUUGGAAAGUCUUAGGCUCAGAGCCUACAGAUUGAAGCAGUAGGAUAAGUUUGCAGCUGUAAAUGUAAUGUUCAAUGAGGACUAUUCCUGUAAUCUCAUCCUUUCUCUUUGGAUGCACUAUUCAAAAAAUAAAAAUAAAAUUCAGUCAAUCAA